AUGGCUACAAAUUCUAUCAAACUUCUUGCCAGUGACACCCACUAUGCAUUGGCAGAGUUGGUCUCCAAGAGAUUAGGCACACCACUUACGAAUGUUGCCAUUAAAAGAGAUUCCAACAAGGAAGUCUCCUUCUCAAUAGGUGAAUCUAUCAGAGACGAGGAUAUUUUCAUCAUAAUGCAAAUUGGUUCUGGUAUUGUCAAUGAUAAGGUCAUCGAAUUAUUGAUUAUGAUUAACGCCUGUAAAACAGCUUCAGCAAGAAGAAUCACGGCGAUAUUGCCAAACUUUCCUUAUGCCAGGCAGGAUAGGAAAGACAAAUCACGAGCUCCUAUUACCGCUAAACUGAUGGCUGAUAUGUUGACUACGGCAGGGUGUGACCAUGUGGUGACCAUGGAUCUCCAUGCCUCUCAAAUCCAAGGGUUCUUUGAUAUUCCUGUUGAUAACCUUUAUGCUGAGCCAAGUGUGGUGAAGUAUAUUCGUGAAACUGUCAAUAUCGAUGAAGCCAUUAUAAUUUCUCCUGACGCUGGAGGAGCAAAAAGAGCUGCAGGCUUAGCUGAUCGAUUGGACUUGAACUUUGCCCUGAUACACAAAGAAAGAGCCCGCGCCAAUGAAGUUUCACGAAUGGUAUUGGUUGGUGAUGUCACGGAUAAAGUUUGCAUCAUUGUAGAUGAUAUGGCCGAUACUUGUGGAACUUUAGCUAAAGCUGCUGAGGUUCUACUAGACAAUGGAGCUAAGAAGGUUAUUGCUAUUGUCACGCAUGGGAUUCUAUCUGGAAAUGCCAUCAAGAAUAUUAACAACUCUAACCUAGACAGAGUGGUUUGUACGAACACAGUUCCCUUUGAAGAGAAAUUACCACAGUGCCCCAGAUUGGAUACCAUUGAUAUCAGCGGAGUUUUAGCUGAGAGUAUCAGAAGGUUGCACAACGGAGAGAGUAUUUCCUACUUGUUUAGAAAUGCUACUUUGUAA